AUGUGGAAGACGUUUUACGAGACAUGGCAAGUCAAGGUGUUGCUACCGAGACAGGAUGGCAGGAUGUUCGUUGACUACGUCCUCAACGCACUGUACGGGUCGUGCGGUAUCGACAUGUAUUUCUCGCGCUUGCGUGAGCUGAGUGCAAACGAGCUGGCGAUUCCAGACGGGCUGUACAUCUCGCUAAUUGAUCUCGGCACCACGAUUGUUUUGAUUGAGCGCACGCUGCAGAUUGCGUACAACAUGGAGUGCGACGGCUACCAUCUCUCAUCGAAGCAGUCGCACGCUUUGAUGAUGCGUUGGCACUCGGACGGCGAGAUUUCGGAGUUUGUGCGGACGUUUGUGCUGUUACACCAGGGCGUGCCGCCCCAGACUCCGCGCGUUGAGGUGGAAAUGUAUGAAGAUUUUUUAGCGGAGCUACACAGCUCCUUAAGUCAGAGGAAGACUUAA